AUGAGCAUCCCCAACCUUGAACUUGCUUUCUUCACUGAUGACCUGACCGCCAUCACUUGCACCACCGAGAGAGCGAGAGGCGCUAUGGAGUGCACGUUACGGAAGGAGUUGGGUCGCACCUCAAGAUGGGCGGAGCGGAACAAACAUGGAGCCCAGCGCCGCGAAGGCGAAGUGCGCGCUGUUUUGGCACCGUCCUCACGGGCAGCCUGCGGCCGCACGCGGGAGAGGCCCGCUUGGUGGAGGAUCGCCUCCCGCGAUCGUCGGGGCGGUUUUGACCCAGCCAUUGCGCGGGGUGGCUGGCAGGCGCGGGGGUGCUUCGCCGUCACAAAAACAAGACUUAUGGAGGUCGAGUCGGUGUCUGCGACAACAUGGGGCCGAAAUGUGAAAUACCGCGUCCGCUGCCCAAGACCCUCACUGGGUCCCCCAACUCCUCUACGGGGCAGUGGCGCGCUGCAACACAGCUUCGCCGUCGGCGCUGGAGCGCCGGGAGAAGUUCCCCACCCGCGCCGCCGGCGUCAUCGCUGGCGUUCCCGUCAGGGCCUCUCGGGCGGCUGCUGA